AAAAAAAAGGGUUUAUGGAAAAAUAUUCCAAUCUAAAAGACAUAAACGCCUUCCAUACUUUCACACGCUCUGCGUUGAGGAGAGAAGAGAGAGAGAGACUCUCUCCGUCGAACAAAAAGGUCUCGACUUGUCUCUCCGAAGUGGCUUUUUUCUUUGAGGGUUUUUGAGGUUUGAAGAGAGAAGCGUAUACAUACAGGUAUAGAUACAGUGCGGAAGACAUGAGAGGACAUUUGGGAGCUGUAAUAGGGAAAUACCCUUCAAGUGAUGGGAGUGCCCCAAAUGAUGGAAUCAUCAAGCACAACAGGAAAUGCAGAGAUAUUGCAUUCCUUGUCGUAUUUAUUGCAUUCUGGAUUUCCAUGAUUGUGAAUUCCAGCUUCGGUUUCAACCAAGGGAACCCAUUAAGGCUAACAUAUGGAUUGGACUAUGAAGGGCAUGUAUGUGGUAGCAAGCAUCCUCAUCGUGAUCUUACUAAGCUCGAGCUUAAAUACUGGUUGAAUCCUAACCAAGUUUACAAAAGCGGUUUGAAAGACGGGCAAUUCAAGUUGGCUAAUGCAAGGAGUAUAUGCCUUUUGGAUUGUCCUAUACCAUCUGAUGAUACCCUCAAUUGGGUCUGUGUCUAUCCUGAUGGAGAGAUUCGUCUCAGUUUGAACGAUUGGAUCGACAGGAACUAUGAUUACUUUGAAUUCCUUACACCCGAAAUGCGGAAUUCCUCUCUUCAGCUUCAAGGCCCUUGUUACCCUGUAAUAUUCCCGAGCGUGAACGUUUACUGGAGCUGUCAGUUUAUUGCUCGGGCAUCAAACUCGUCUUUACGCCAUUGGAACCAGAUGGGCGGCGUGAAAAUCCAAGAGGGCAUGAUAAUUGACAAAGCGAUUCAUCGGUCCAUAAAUUCUCGGUCCUCAGUUCUGAAGCGUUACGUGGCUGACAUCGGGAAGUCAUGGCCGGUUUUGAUUGUUUGCGGAGGCCUCGUGCCACUAUUCCUCUCUGUUAUUUGGCUUCUGCUCAUUCGACAUUUUGUUUCAGCCAUGCCUUGGAUAACUGUAGCUUUGUUCAACAUGCUCCUGAUCUCGGUUACGAUAAUCUAUUACUUGAAAGCUGGAUGGAUCGGGAAUGAUGCUGUAACUCCUAUUAUUGGCCAGCAUGAUCCAUACUAUCAUGUGUAUGGCCGUGAGCUUACUCAUGUUCGCGCUGUGGCUGUUCUGAUGACGUUUAUCUCGGUUAUCGCUCUCCUCACUUCGAUUGCCAUUAUCCGACGCAUCCUCAUGGCGACAUCUGUCCUCAAGGUGGCUGCUAAAGUCAUCGGAGAGGUUCAAGCCCUCAUGAUAUUCCCGGCCAUACCAUGCACUGUUCUCACGAUAUUUUACAUGUUCUGGGUAUCGGCUGCUCUCCAUCUGUUCAGUUCGGGUCAGAUUGUUCAGAACAGCUGCAGCUCUAACUGCUGUGUUUAUGAUCUGGUGGCCAAGAAAGUAAAUUGUGAUCGAUGUUGCGGUUAUAGCAUCCGUUAUACUCCUCAUAUAGCUAUUUCCGUGUUCUUCCACCUGUUCGGUUUCUACUGGGCUACUCAGUUCUUCGUAGCAGCUUCUGCAGCUGUUAUAGCCGGUUCUGUUGCCUCGUAUUACUGGGCUCGGGGUGAUACGUCGCCUGAGAUCCCGUUUCUUCCAGUUUUCGCCUCGAUGAAACGGUUUCUGCGCUACAGCUUAGGAUCUGUGGCUCUCGGUUCGCUCGUCGUCUCGUUUGUGGAGUGGGUUCGGUUCAUUCUCGAAGCCAUACGUCAAAGACUGAAAGUAGUGAGCACCCCACCUGACAACUGGUUCGGGAAAAUGGCUUACUACACUUGUCGAGGUUGUCUGAAAACCGUCGAGUGGACCAUCAAGUCUGUUAACCGCAACGCAUACAUAACGAUUGCUAUAACGGGGAAAAGCUUCUGUAAGUCUUCCGCCAUGGCUACAGAGCUCAUCGUAAACAACAUUCUAAGGAUAGGGAAGGUGAACGUAAUAGGAGACGUGAUAUUGUUCCUCGGAAAGCUCUGCGUCAGCCUCUUCAGCGCCAUUUUCGGGUUUCUCAUGUUGGAUUCGGACAAAUACCGAUCUUCUUCCGGGAACAAAGUCUCGUCGCCGUUAUUCCCCGUCUUGGUCUGUUGGGGGUUCGGAUACGUAGUGGCGACGUUAUUCUUCGGGGUGGUCGAGAUGUCGAUCGAUACGAUCAUUUUAUCGUACUGUCAGGACUCUGAGGAUCAUCAAGGGACUGCUCGAUAUGCUCCACCUCUCCUGCUCGAGACGUUGGGUGACGAUGAUCAGACCGAGGUCCAGAGACUUACCCAAUGAUCGAUCGGUCCGAACAUCUUCCUCGGGUAAGUUGUGUUUCUAGGGUCGUAUCUAUGCCGGAAAACGGAUUCGGAUCAUCGAACUUUCCGAUCAUUUUUUGUAAUUUCGAUGGCUUGAAUCUUCGAUUCUUGAUCCGAGAAAAAAUGUAUUGUGCAGAAUGCCUCUGUUUUUUUUUUCCCAGAUAGGAUGAAGCAAAAGGGAUGUGCUCUGUUUCUUGGCUAA